AGGAGUAGAGACCGUCGCUUCGCUCAGCGGGACGGACGGACGGACGGACAGCGGCGGCGCGGGGGUUCGAUUAGUCGGCCGUAUCGUCCCGAUUAGUCGGGGCCAUGUCGAGGCGAGCAGGGCCCCGGCGGGCCGCUUGGAGGAGACGGGCGGCGGCGGCUGAGGCGGCGGCGCCCGAGUCGAGUUCCCUCCGGAGACUGCGCCGCUCGACGGCCCUCAGGCCCUGAAGCAGCCGGCCGAGGACCGGGAGGAGGAAGCAGGAAGUUCAACCUCAUAGCCGUAGUACUGAGAAUUGUUCUGACACCAGGAAGUACAACAAUGAAGCUGUUGGAAAACUCCAGUUUUGAAGCCAUAAACUCCCAGCUGACAGUGGAGACAGGAGACGUGCACAUCAUUGGCAGGAUCGAGAGCUACUCGUGCAAGAUGGCCGGGGACGACAAGCACCUCUUCAAGCAGUUCUGCCAGGAGGGCCAGCCCCACGUGCUGGAGGCCCUGUCGCCGCCGCAGACCACUGGCAUCAGCCCGAGCAGGCUCAGCAAGAGCCAAAGUGGCGACGAGGAGGGGCCCCUCAGUGACAAAUGCAGCCGCAAGACCCUCUUCUACCUGAUCGCAACGCUCAACGAGUCCUUCCGGCCAGACUAUGACUUCAGCGCUGCCAAGAGCCACGAGUUCAGCCGGGAGCCAAGCCUCAACUGGGUGGUGAAUGCAGUGAACUGCAGCCUUUUCUCUGCUGUGCGGGAAGAUUUCAACGCGCUGAAGCCUCAGUUGUGGGACGCGGUAGACCAGGAGAUCUGCCUCUCCGAGUGCGACAUCUACAGCUACAACCCAGACCUGGACUCGGACCCGUUUGGCGAGGAGGGCAGCCUGUGGUCCUUCAACUACUUCUUCUAUAACAAGCGGCUGAAGCGGAUGGUCUUCUUCACCUGUCGCUCCAUCAGUGGCUCCACGUACCCUCACCCGGAGGCUGGGAACGAGUUGAAUAUGGACCUGAGCGAGGACGAUGCGGAGGAGACGGCCGGCAGCUGCGACCAGGACGGGGGCGGCAUUGAGGAGGACAGGAGACAAGUGGUCUGCAUGUGACGCCUUGGCCCCUGCCCCCCUGCCCUGCCCCGCCCCGAUGGCUCCUCCAGCGUGUUCCCCGAGCCAAUCUGGCGCUGCGUCACUCUGCCUGCCCGCCCGCCCGCCCGGCCGCCCGCCUUGUGGAUGCUGCGUGAUCAGCUGGUGCCUCCGGAUGGACAGGAUGUGGCCAGUGUGCAGCGGCCCGCCUGCUGUGCUUCACCGUAGAGGGCUCGGCGCCCCCGCUUGGAUUUCUUGCCCUGCCGUUCCCCAGGAGGGCAGGAGGACCAUCCCAGACAGAUGUCCUGUUCCAGGCCGGGGCAGAGUGAACUCCGUCUGUUGGCAGCCCUGGUGCGGAGGUGCCGCCUGGCCGGAGUUGGGAUGGUGGCCCCCCUCCCUCCCUGCCUCCCUGCCUCCCUGCCUCAUGGUGCUGAAUCCCUCCCCCCUCGGCUGACUGACUGUGGGAAUCGUCCGUCUGUUUCAAGUCUCCCUGGGGGCUCUUUCUGCCCCCGCCCCGGCUCCAUUGGCAAGUGUCUCUACCCUUCCUGAAGCUGCGGCGUACGAGCGGCUGGCUGACAGGCAGAAGCUGCGUUUGCUGGGGGGGGGGCUCCCUCGGGACCUCCCCCUCCCACAUUUCUAACCACAACAGACAUUUGGCAUGGAGUGAGCUGAAGCUGGACUGGCAGAAGUCAGGGUUGGGCGUCUGGGUGACGUUGCUGCUUUGCGCUCCCCAAGGGCUCCUAGAGUUUUAUUUUUGUAUUGAGGCCUGACCCCCCCCCCCCCCGAUGCCCUCCUGCUGCCUGCAAGGAGCAGCCUCCCUCCACAAUCGGCUGCUCCGCCCGUCCUCCACCCCGCCCGAAGCUUCGUGGACCCGUUGCUCCGUGGACAAAGCCUCACUCGGCACUCCUUCACUCAAGAGGGGAAGGGACUCUGGUGCUGACAGAGCAGGUGGGCCACGCGGAGGCCCCCGUGGUCCCCUUCCCCCCCCCGAGCUGCCUGUACUGUGCUGCUGUGAAAAUGCCCAUCUCCCCCCCCCAAUUCCUUCUUUUGCACUGACUGAUUCUUCGGGGGGGGGGCCAAGAGAGCGGGCCUUAAGGGGCUGAUUGUGGUGGGUGUGGCGCAGGGGGGGCACUGUUGGCGGCGGCGGCACUCCCGCCCCGAGACACAAGCUUCUGCUGCCGCCAGCUGCAACGAGGGAGGGGCAGCGGCUCUGUGCGGACCAGACCUUCUCAGACAGAGGCGGCUGGGUCAGCUAAGAGCCCAGCAGAGCUCUGCUCCCUGCCUGCCCCGGGGGGCUUUGGGGGUAGUUCUCUGGCAGGUGGUGGAACCAGGAGCUCAGCUGCCACUGACACCAGGGCUGCCUUGAGCCAAGGGGGAGGAACAGAGCUGUUUUCCAGGGUGUCCAUCCCCCCCCCGCCCUUUGUGUUUUGAGUGGGGUAGAGGAGUAACUGGGGGGGAGUAACUGGCCCCAGAGCCGGCCCAGGCAGGCACACUCCAGUUCCCACCCCACCCCACCCCGCUGUCUGCGCAAUUCACCUGCCUGGAAGAGAGUGGCUGUUUAGGGGGGGGGGCAGCCUGGAUUUGGCCCCCGCUGGGCUUCCCUCCCCCCCCCAUUUAAAUUCACUGGCUUGUUUGCCUCCUCCCCGGUUUAACUAUGUUGCCUAGCAAUUAUUGGUGCGGCUAUAAAAGUUUUUUUUCUCUGUGA